AUGUCGCCAUCGUUAUUGAAAUGGCGAAGAAGUAUUAGGCAGCCUGAUUAUUUUAUAUAUAAAUCGGAAAAUAUAAUUGAUAAGAAAUAUAGAAACGCCAUCGUUAUUGAAAUGGCGAGGAAGUAUUUGUUUCUAGCAAUUAGUCUGAUUAUUACAGCCAAUUAUUGCAGUGCAGUAGCAAUGAAUGGCGGAGCCACGCUUUUAAUGGGUUCUUCCCUCUCAGGAAGUCAGACCAUAAUUUCAAAAAAUGGCACGUUUGCAUUGGGAUUUUUCAAUCCAAGGGGAACGAAUAAUUGGUAUAUUGGCAUCUGGUAUGCCCCAAUCCCUCAGAAGGCCAUUGUAUGGGUGGCUAACAGAGACAAUCCUGUCAGAAAUAUGCCCGGCGUUCUCAAAUUUUCGAGAGGCGGUCAGCUCACAUUGUUUGAUAGAAAUGGCCGUUCCGUUUGGUCGACUGAUAAUGGCCCGAAAGGAUCAGGGGCUGUGAUAACGGACUCUGGUAAUUUCAUUGUGCUGGACGCCCACAACGAGUCUGCGAUUGUUUGGGAGAGUUUCGCGCAUCCGACAGAUACAUUGUUGCCUGACGCGAAGCUGUGGAAAGGAAUGACACUAACUUCCUGGAAGAGUUCUUCAGAUCCUGAAAGUGGGCUCUACUCUUUCCGAAUGAACACAUCUCCAGGAAAGACGGAGUUGAUGAUGUUGUUUAACAAUACCGUUCCAUAUUGGUCCAGUGGAGAAUGUAUUGGACACAAUUAUUUUACUAAGGUUCCAGAAUUGGAAGGUCAGAAGAAAGUUCAAACGUCGUGUGUGAGGCUUUCUCCUUCAAGAAUAUACAUUUAUUUUAGCAUAAACCCGAUAGAUCGUAUGAUCAAGGGGCGAUUCGUAUUAAAUGAGAACGGCGAUUUUGAACUUUUCUUCUGGAUGGAUGAUGGUAGAUGGAGUCUGAGGUGGUCGACAUACCAAUGUCAAUGCAGUAACUAUAAAAUCUGCGGGUCCUAUGGACUGUGCAAUACGAAUGAUGUGUGUAGUUGUGUCCAGGGCUUCACACCCAAGCACGACUCUCAAGGUUGGUGGUCAACUGGGUGUGCUCGGGGAAAACCCCUUGAAUGCUCUGUCACGGAGGGCACAACCGACGGCCUCUUGGAAGCCACGAACCAAUACUUGCCUGAAAAAGAAGCUGUCUUAAUCAACAAUGAGCCAACACAGCAAGGCUGCCGGACAGCUUGUCUCCACAAUUGCUCCUGCACAGCCUUUGCUUUCGCUGAUUCUGAUCCACCCGUCUGCAAAUUAGCAAAGCAACAAACCCCUGCACUUACAAUUUUACUUUCUGCCGGCGCAUCAAUUUUGGUUUUUUCGGCUCUCCUGUCGACCGCAUAUAUUCUCUGGAAACGUCGAGGUUUGUCGAAGAAAAACGUUGAAGAGGAGGUGCCUUUGUCGCUCAGAAUGUUCAGUUACAAAGAGCUGCGAAUUGCAACGGAGAAUUUCAAGCAUAAGCUGGGUAGUGGAGCAUUAGGCUCUGUUUUCAAAGGAACUCUGCCAGACAACAGGCCUGUUGCGGUUAAGAGAUUAGAGGGUUCCACGCAAGUAGAAAAACAAUUCCGUGCUGAAAUAAUCACCACCGGUAGAAUACAGCAUGUGAAUUUGGUUAGGCUCUGGGGAUUCUGCGUAGAAGGCUCUCGAAGGCUACUGGUGUAUGCCUACAUGCCCAAUGGUUCUCUAAACUCCUUCCUCUUCUCUCAGUCGGAAGACGUAGAGAAGGUGUUGGAUUGGAAGACCAGGUUUGAGAUCGCACUGGGUACUGCACGAGGAUUAGUUUAUCUGCAUGAGGAAUGCAGGGAUCGUAUCAUUCAUUGCGAUAUCAAGCCUGAAAACAUUCUCCUCGACAGCGACUUGAGCCCAAAGGUAGCAGAUUUUGGGCUAGCGAAGUUGGUAGGUAGAGAUUUCAGCCGCGUACUGACGACCACAAAAGGAACUCGUGGAUACUUGGCUCCCGAGUGGAUCUCCGGCCUUCCUAUCACUCCCAAGGUGGACAGGGGAAACAUAAAAGACAUUGUGGAUGCAAGGAUAGCAGGCGAGGCAAAUAUCGAAGAAGUUAAAAGAGCCGCUAUGGUGGCUAGGCUGUGCAUUCAAGAUGAUGAGAAUCAGAGGCCGAGCAUGGGUGAAGUGGUGAAGAUAUUAGAAGGCACGAUUGAGGUUCCUCUGCCACAAAUUCCGACGUCUCUAGAAGUCCUGGUUUGUGAGGUAGACUACGAGAACACAGAUAGCUACGGUGAACAUUCCAUGUCAGGUGGUUCCGUAACAGAAAAAUAG